GCCGUACGCGAAUCCCGUGUCGCGUACCAUCAGCAUGGUUUGAGUCAGUUUCGACCAACCAUCCAAUUUGGCAAGAACGAUCUUCGGGAUUAGUCUACCGCGAGCGGUCGAACGGAUAGGCUAGGCACGGUGAAGACAAUUCUGGCGAACAGUUGCUGUUGAACUUCCGUCGGUAGCGCUGAUUUUCGGUGUUAACAUUGAUCUUUCCGAGCGGUGAACACGUGAUCGGAAAAAUGCAUUCUCCUGGAUCGUCUGUAUCCGGAUAUGUGCUGCUGCUGUUGGUGCAGAUAGUGUUCAUUAUCGUGUUUGGGUUUUUCACGGAUUACUCAAAGGAUCUGCUGCCGAAAAAUGCAACCGUAUCCGCUGCGAUGGAGGAAGCCCAUGAGGAGCAACCGUUACCGAAGUACCCACACUUCCAAGACAUCCACGUGAUGAUCUUCAUCGGUUUCGGAUUCCUGAUGACGUUCCUCAAGCGCUACGGAUUCAGCGCUUCUGGGCUGAACCUACUAGUCGCGGCCCUCGCAAUCCAGUGGGCCAUCAUCAUGCGCGGUUGCUACGAAAUGGAAGACGGAAAAAUUCCGCUGUCACUGGACAACCUAAUCGGUGCGGAUAUUGCCGCCGCUGCUGUGCUGAUCAGUAUGGGUGCCCUGCUGGGUCGUACAACUCCGAUGCAGCUAUUGGUGAUGGCCAUUAUCGAAAUCGCUAUCUUCGCAGCUAAUGAAUUCCUGCAAAUCGAACUGAUGAGAAUCGCGGAUGUUGGAGGAUCGAUUACCGUACAUGCUUUUGGAGCUUACUUUGGAUUGGCGGUGAGCUUCAUGCUGCGACCGAACAAGGAGAAUGCCAAAACAGGACCCAUGGAGUGUUCGUCGUAUAGCUCCGACAUCACUGCAAUGAUUGGAACGAUUUUCCUGUGGAUCUUUUGGCCUAGCUUCAACUCGGCGCUGGUAGAUGGAGCCGAACAGGAACGUGCUAUCAUCAAUACCUACCUCUCGUUGGCAGGCGCUACCGUCACAACAUUUGUAUUUUCGGCUUUAGUGGCCCAUGAGAAGAAGUUCGAUAUGGUUCACGUGCAGAAUUCAACCCUGGCUGGAGGUGUUGCCGUUGGAUCGAUUUGUAAUCUUCUGAUCCAUCCUUUCGGAGCGAUCAUGGUAGGAGUUAUUGCUGGAGUAAUCUCGGUCCUUGGAUAUCGAUUCCUAACGCCAGCAAUGCUGUCCAGCUUACGUAUUUCUGAUACUUGUGGAGUUAACAACCUACACGGAAUGCCAGCUCUGCUUUCGGCUGUAUUCUCCGCCAUCUAUGCUUCCCUGGCCACAACGGAAACUUACGGAAAUACGCUAACCACAAUAUUCCCAGCGAUGAAGCAGAAUUCGACACUGAGCGAGGAAGAUAUGCACGAAAUGGUCAUUGGGGGCUACGGUCGAAGUGCUGCCAAACAAGGGGCUUUCCAGUUGUUUGCAAUCCUACUCACGGUUGUGAUUGCCAUCGUAGGCGGUCUCUUCACAGGUCUGGUGCUGCGGCAUCGCUUCUUCGGAGGCAUACUAAAACCGCCGGAGCAUUUCCUAGACGACAUCUGGUGGAGCGUAGAACCGCCGGAAUCCGGUACUGUUGCGAUCCAGAACGUUAUGGAUACACCGCGAGUCGCUCACCCAACUGUACGAUUAGCCAGUUCAUCACAGGUUCCGUUCAUUAUCCUAAAAGCGGAUAUCAUAUUCAAACGAGCAAAGAAAAAGUUUAACAAGCCUAGUCCUGAAGUCGCCGACCAUGCGCCAACUGGAAAAGGAUGAGCACCACAAGGAUGAUGCCUACUGGGAGACGCCUGCUGAAAGCAACACUACGGCUUCAACGAACGCAAGUUAAAUUAUUUGCCGAAUGAAACACCUAGGCUCGAGCGAAGAGCACCCAGUCAGUAUUUACUAAAACGAAAAAAAAAACUAUAAUUUGUUGUGUAAAAUAAAAAUGAGCUUGAUGUGAGUACAAUGCAAACUAAUACCUAUUGUGGUAAUGAAAACAGAGAAUAAAGGAUUUACUAACCUUUGAAA